UAUAUGUAUAAUUCAGACUAGAAAAACUCACACACAUACAAAGAAAAACAUGUCUUGUCAAAUGGACCGACGACUCUCCUUAGAAUUGCCCUUAUUUUGCAAGUCUAUACUCGAAUAGUACUAUUUUCAUAAUUAUUUUCAUUCCAAAAAAGAAAAACAAUUAUAAACCGUUUUUCCCUAUCCUUGACACCGCUUUACUUGAUUCUCUCUCUCCUUCUUUCCUUCGUCUCCAUUCUCAAUAAGGUCACCCCUUUCCUAAUAAAAAUAUAAAAACACAAUGAAAUAAGAAUAAAACAAUACCAAUUACCAAGAGAAAAACAAAACAAAACAAAAACCACCAUAAAAAUUUCUUCAACGGCUCGAUUUCUCUUUCUCCUCCUCUCUUUCUGUGUCUAUUGUAGACCACCAGGAGAGAAGGGUUGGUGAUCAAGUGAAACUUUUUACUGUUUGAUGAUUUAGAUUGAGCUAAUGGGGUUAGGAAAAGUAUUGGGGAUUGUUUAAUUUUGUUGGGAAUUGUGAAAAAGAGUGAUGAGUCCUUGUGAGCAAUCUGCUGAACCUGGUUGUACCUCGCCGCGGAUGUUUAUGGCGGAUGGGGUUGAGGAGCUAGGGGAUAGUACUCUAGGUGAGGGAUUCGUAGAGUGUGCUGUGGAGCCGCUUUCGAGCUUGGAUGUUAGUUCGCCGGAAACUGAUAGAGGUGUGGAUGAUUGUAAUUUGGAAUUUGUUGCCCAGCAGAAUUGUUGCUCAGACUUGGGUGGUAGGAUAGGUGAUACGGGAGUGAAAGUUGGAAGUAUGACAAAUGAUUGUAAUGUGUCUUCUCACUGUGUUAGAAACUCUGAAGCUGCUGAUGAGAGGGAUGAUUUAGGAUGUGCUGAUGGGGCAGAGGAAGUAGUUUGUGAUAGUUUAUCUGAGAGAGUGCAUGAGCUGGUUCUAAAGCCCCUUUCAGGCUUGGACAUUAGUUAUCAGGCACCUAGUGACGAAAAGGAUGCUGUUUUGGUGUCUAGUUAUGUGGAAGGUUUCUGCAACUUGGAUGAAGGUAGAGAUAGAAAUGCAAGGGAUGUGGCUCCAAUUCUUGCUCAUACUGAUACAGAAUUUGAACCCAUCAUUGAGAGGCAUGAAGCAAAGGGUGGGUAUUCUGAUGAUAAUUCUGAAUUCGGAAAUGUGUCUAGUAUUAAAUGCAGGUUGAACAAAGUAAGUCUUGACGAGGGACAAUGUGAGAGAGAGAUGAAUUUAUGUUUUUUUAACCCAACAGAUGAUGGUCAAGUGCCCUUAAGAAAACAACAAGUUGCUGGUGCUCAAAGUGGUUCUACGGUACUGUAUAUGUCAGAUACUGAUGCAGGAUGUGACAAUCUCAUUGGUAGAAUUCUUGAGGAGGCUGCCUACACUGGGACUAUUAAUAAUGGGGCUUCAAAGAGCUUUAUGAUGCCAGAUACAUCGAGACUGAAUGAAUGUGUUCCAGCUCCUAGUUCUAGCAAUGCAGUUGAAAGUUUUAACCAUGCUGGUAAUACAGGAAUGGACAAAUCUGGAACAGAUGGCGCCUCAUGUGAGUGGAAAUGUCUCAAUGCUUCCUCCUUGCCUUUGCGUAGGAGUUCCCGGAGUAAAAGCUCUGUCCAGCAAGUUCAAAGAGGGAAAAAUGCAUCGAAGUGCACAAAGAAGGCCUCUAAUGUGUCACUUCACCCAAACGUAGACUUGCUUUCAGAGGCUAUAAGAAAGAAACGAAGUAGUUUAAGUAGAUCAGUUUGUUCAUCUGUUUGGGGAAUGCCAGAAAACCUGUCAAAGUACUUUCACUUAAGCAACAAGGUUGCUGUAAAUUCAGUAAUGGAUCAAAGAUCAAGGAAAAAGAAGGCAGGCCAAAAGAGCAGGAAGAAAAAUAUGCCUAAGGGGGUUGCAAGCUCACAGUUCUCGGAGGCAAGACAAGAGGUUCCUUCUCGUCCAAUUCGCCUCAAGGUCACAUUUGGCAAAAAGGAAGGACUGAGUAAGGUUUCUGAUCUGCCUCCGGCAGUGGUUGAUUCUUUACCUGGUCUUCAUUCUGUUAAUGAUAAUAAGCAACUGAGCUUUUGUUCGUAUAUGGAGAGCUCUGGAGGGAAUAUAACAGAUGUUUCAGUUCCCACAGAGAUGCCUAGUUUGGUACAAUGCAGCAAUUCUACAUCAAAUGUCGAGUUUGCAGGAGCAAAUCUAGAGAAAUGUUCUGCGCCUGGGAAGUAUAAUCAUGAAGAUUCUUCUCAACUGGAAUAUGAAAAGCAGGACAGCUCAUGUGCUGAUAAGUUCUCAAAUCCUGGUACUUCACCUGAUUCAGAGGUUAUUGACCAGGUACUUGGCUCUACUGUUGGGCCCAUGGUUCCAAUUCCCCUAACAUCCCUGCAUGAUUUUGUGAACAAGGCUUAUUGUGGUAAUGUUUGUCCCACGAAUCACGCUAUUCCAGCUUCUUUAAAAAAGAGCAAGAACAGAAAUAAGAAAGACAAACUCUGGCAAGGCAGCAAUCUUGUUCAAGAUUGUCAACAUAGUGCUGAUAGAACUAAGCUGUCUAAGAAGGAUGGUCAAUUGCCGAAGUUAAGUGAUAAAUUUUGUUCUGUAGAUAAUAUAAAUGCUGAAAUUGAAAAUCCUCCAAGCAACACCUCUGGCAGUGAGCUACUUUCAACGGAGUUGUUGCCAGUUGCUCAUGAAGGUUUCAACAGCCCCCCAAGUCUGGACGAUGGUGCUGAUAUCAGUACUUAUUCUAGGAUGGUAGUUGGGAUUGAAUCAGUUGAGUCUGGGAAUUCAUGUCAGGUGCUUCCUCCUACUGAAACUGCGGGAAAGAGAAAUUCCAAAGGUUCAAGAAAUAAAGGAAAACCCAGGAGUAAGUCUAAGAUUACUGAUGCAAUUACAUCCCAGAAAGUUAUUUCUAGCAUACGUAAAAUGAAGUUGGCAAGUAAACACAAAGUGGACAAAACUGGCAUUUUGGGCGAGCCAUACAAAAUAAAGGGCCAACCAAGGACAGGGAUCUAUGAUGUGGGGGAAACAGAUUCUGGCGAUAAAGUGAUUCUAGAGCACGCAUCUUGCCUCGAUACUGAUGUUGUAGUUACAGGGGUUGCGGAGCAGACCCUGGCUCCGCGUGUUGCAUGGGUUUGUUGCGACGACUGUCUCAAAUGGCGAUGUAUACCAGCUGAGCUUGCAGACAUCAUUGAAGAAACAAACUGUCGAUGGACUUGUAAGGACAACCAAGAUCAAGCUUUUGCUGAUUGUUCCAUUCCACAAGGAAAGUCCAAUGCUGAGAUUAAUGCUGAGUUGCAAAUAUCUGAUGAAGAAGAUGCCCGCGAUGGGCACUUAGGUUCCAGGGAUAGUGGUCUAAGGCAAUUAGUAGCUUCGCAGCCAUCAACAUGGAUGCUGAUAAAGUCUAACUUGUUUCUGCACCGCAGUCGCAAGGCCCAGACUGUGGACGAGAUAAUGGUUUGCCACUGCAAGCCUCCUGUAGAUGGUAGUGUGGGCUGUGGCAGUCAGUGUCUGAAUAGGAUGUUGAACAUCGAGUGUGUUCAAGGCACCUGCCCAUGUGGGGAUGUUUGUUCUAAUCAACAGUUUCAAAAGCGCCAAUACGUGAUGCUGAGCUGGUUCCGUUGUGGGAAAAAAGGUUAUGGAUUGCAAGUCUUAGAAGAUAUCUCUGAAGGGCAGUUUCUCAUUGAAUAUGUUGGUGAGGUACUGGAUUUGCCAAGUUAUGAGGCACGCCAAAAAGAUUAUGCUUUGAAGGGCCACAAGCAUUUCUACUUCAUGACCCUGAACGGAAAUGAGGUAAUAGAUGCGAGCACCAAAGGAAACUUAGGUCGCUUUGUGAACCAUAGUUGUGAUCCUAAUUGUUGUACAGAGAAGUGGGUAGUAAAUGGAGAAAUCUGUGUUGGCCUCUUUGCAUUGAGGAACAUCAAGAAGGGUGAAGAGUUGACUUUUGACUACAAUUAUGUACGGGUAUUUGGUGCUGCUGCAAAGAAAUGUCAUUGUGGCUCUCGUAAGUGUCGGGGCUAUAUAGGAGGUGAUCCACUCAAUGCACAAGGAAUUGUUCAAGGAGACUCAGAUGAAGAAUUUCCAGAACCUGUAGUGGUUAAUGAAAAUGGUGAAAUUGACCAUAGCCUGGAGGAGAGGAUGGCUAAAUCCAGUUCUCAGGAUGUUGAACGGGGUUUAACUGGAGAUAACAUAAAUGAGGAGAAUUCAGAUAUCAUUGUUGAAGCUGGUGAUUUAAUAAAUAAAUUAGAGUCUUCAAUUGAUGACGUUGAGCAAUCACUUACUGUGCUAGAAAGAGUCACAAUUGAUGAAGUUCAUGAAUCUACAGAUAGUUCGACAGGCUUACAGUCUGAAAAUUUUAGAAAUCAAUCUAUAUCUGCUGUACAAAACCAUACACUCAAAACAGAACAUUUGAUGAGCACACCAACAUCUUCCCCGAAAUCAGAUAUACUGCCUGUAGAAAACACAAUGCAAAAGUCUCUCACUGGUUCUAUCGAUUCAAGUGGUAGGGUGACUGAGGUUUAUGCUGCGUGUGAACUACCUCAUGCAAGACCGCGUCCCCGAACGAAAAUUUCUCGCCCACCUAAAUCUGUUAAGAACCGGAAAUCUAGUGGCAGUUCAGCAACUGUUGGGAAGGCUGUUCUAACUGCCCCGAAAUCUAAGAUGCCAUCCUACAAGCCAAAGAAAUUACUGGAGGGUUCUGCUAAUGGUCAUCGUGAAGCAGUUGAGGAGAAACUCAAUGAAUUGCUUGAUUCUGAUGGUGGUAUCUGCAAAAAGAAGGAUGCCUCUAAAGGCUACUUGAAACUUUUGCUUCUAACUGCAGCUUCUGGUGAUAGUGGCAAUGGCGGAGCAAUUCAGAGCAACAGAGAUCUUUCAAUGAUACUUGAUGCAAUGCUGAAAACCAAGUCCCGUGGGGUUCUUCUGGAUGUAAUCAAUAAAAAUGGUCUGCAGAUGCUACAUAAUAUGAUGAAGCUUUACAGAAGGGAUUUUAAAAAGAUUCCCAUCUUACGGAAGCUUCUUAAGGUUUUGGAGUUCUUGGCUGAGAAGGAGAUACUGACUGUGGAGCGUGUUAAUGGAGAUUCACUACAUCCUGGAGUAGAGAGUUUGAGGGAAUCUAUAUUAUUUUUCACGAACCAUAAAGAUAAUCAGGUCCAUCAAAUUGCACGGAAUUUUCGAGAUAGGUGGAUUCCCUACCCUCUAAGAAAAUUUAGUCGAAUGGGAAGGAAUGAUCGAUGGAGAGAGUUUCAUAGAGGCUCAAACUCUAAUAGGUUUUUUGGAGCAUGUCAUCGCUGGCGAGAGCAGGCAGCGAUGGCACCAGAAUGCAUACCUUGUUCGGAUCAAUCAGGAACCAUAAACAAUCUAGCUGAUGCUAGAACUCUGGAGGCCUCUUCUUCACAUUUAACUGGGGACCAGGCCAUUGUUACCAGACGUCGGAGGCGUAAAAGCAGAUGGGAUCAGCCCGCAUAUUCUAGUUCACCAAAAAAGUUCAGAACAAGCCUGAAAAUUGAAAUUAGUGGAGGGGAAACCCUCGCUAUUGAGGGAAGGGAAGAGGAGAGAGAUUGCUCUGGUGCUCAGAGUUUUCCCAAGCACGGAGAGAAGGGAACAGAUGACAUGAUGAAGAUUUCUGAUGAUGAUGCUCCUCCUGGAUUUUCUUAUCCACGUGACGCUGUUGUUGAUAGUCCUCCUGGAUUUUCGUCUUCUCUAAAGUGUUCAUCAGUGUCGUUGGGGAUUCACCAGCAGAGAUUUAACCCUCGUCUUCCUGUAGCAUAUGGCAUUCCCUUCUCUGUUGUACAACACUUUGGAACUGUUCAGUGUGGAACAGUUGAUAGUUGGGCUAUUGCCCCUGCUAUGCCUUUUCAACCCUUUCCACCACUGCCCCCUUAUCCACGUGACAGGAGACAGAUAGGAGACCAAGAGGAAGUAAGGCAAGACAACCAUUUGCGUGCCAGUGAGCAAAGCGAUCAAGGCAUACCAAGUACGUCUGGUGCUGGUGUGUCACAGACAACACACACUGCAACAGCAAACCAGAAUACGUUACAUCAUGACAAGGGUCUUCAGAACUUUCCAGGGAAGAGGUAUCAUAGACAGAAGAGGUGGAGCAACCAGAAGCUAAGGCCGCCGCCAUGGUUCCGGAACUUAGAUGGAUGGGGUUUCAAAGGAAAAUAUUCCCCGCAUUUUAGAAAUGGGUCAUUCGACAUAAACAUGGAUACGGUAGAUGAACCAAUUGAUCAGCAUUUAGCUGAUGUAAAUCAUAGUGUAGAGUAUGCCCACAAUUCUUGUUAGUUUUUGCAGUGUCCAAUUUCAUUGAUUCUAUAGGGAAAGUGCAAAACAUUCCUUGCGUUUUUCGAUUAUUAUUCUUCCCAGUCUUUCCUUUUAUUGUUGGAGUUCGACUAAUGUGAUUGAGGCAGCUUCGAUAGGGUUCAUGUCAAUGCUAAAAUUGCAAGGGCGAAGAUCAUAUGGGUUAAGGGAAUUGUGUAUUUGGAUACGUUAAUCCUGUAUAGAGGUUCAGCUAAUUGUUCCUCGCCUUAUAUGUCUUCCGCACAUUGAUGACAAUUUUUGUUUCAGUAUAGGUGUCAUUAGAAUUAUGAAAAUGUAUAAAGUUAAAGCUUCAUGUAUACAAAAUUGGAUGUUCAAAGACACUGAAAAUUUAUAUUUGCAUGAUUUUAUUUCA